UAAACGUCAGAUGCUCAGUCCUGUCGUCAUCAAACUGCUCCACUGCAUUCACUUUGGAAGAUAAGAUAGCUGGUUUCGGUUGAAUUGUGUUUUUGUGUUUUAUAUCUUUGUUAAAUCCGUUUAAUGUGGUUUACAUGCUGCAAUGUUCGGUUCUCACCAAAAGUAGAUUGACUUGGCCAACCGAGUCAGAAGUCUAGGCCAUUUAAUGGUGUGCAACCACGAAGUGAAGGUGAGUUUUUGUCGAGCACUGCACCAUGAGAGCAACUCCACAACAAGGUUUGUGACGGCAUUGUGCAGCCAUGAACAGCCUGAUCAACUUCACUCCAGCCAAAGAGGCGGCCGGGUUCUGGCUGGGAAGCCAUGGAGGAAGGAGCCAGCAGGAGAGGCAGAGCCUCAUAAGCGGAGAGGAGGCCAAGCAUUUCUAUCAGAGCCUUAUAGCAGAGGGAGGUGCGACAAGAGAGUGCAGAAGGGAAAAGAGAAGAAGAAGAACCACCGCUGACUCCGAAAGGGUACGCGGCAGCAGGAGGGAGCCUGCGCGCCCCAGUGCUGCAAUGUCUGAGAGGGACGGACACAGGCUGCUAAAAUGUGCCCAAGAGGGAAAUCUGGCAGGAAUCAGAGAGGCGCUGAAGAACGGGUGCAGCAUAAACUUUAAGGACGAUUAUUACUGGACGGCCAUUAUGUGUGCGAGCUAUGCGGGGCAGCGCGGUGCUGUGAGACUUCUUCUCGAGAAGGGGGCGGCUUGGAUCGGGGUGGUGGACACGCAGGGCAGAGACGCGCGAGACUUGGCCGAUCAAGCGGGUCACACGGAGGUGGUGAGUGAGCUGGAUAGUUAUGGCGUCCGUUUGGACACGCCCAGAAGCACAAGUAGUGUUUCUGCCACUCAACCCCAGUGGUGCUCGGUGUGUGGGGCCCAGUACAGCGAGAGUGAAGAGAGACACCAGAGCUCCACUCUGCACCAGUUCAGCUUGCGUCGACCCCCUCCCACCCCACAGUACUGCCUGCCCGCCUCCAGUGCCGGCUACCGCAUGAUGCUCCGUGAGGGCUGGGACCCGAGGGAGGGGCUGGGACCCGAGGGAGUCGGCCGAAAGAACCCCGUCCAAACGGUGCUGAAGAGGGACCAGGGUGGUCUGGGAUACGGCCCUGCCGCUAAGGCCCGCGUCACACAUUUCAAGGCCAAAGACACGCAGGCGGUGAAGCGGGUCUCCAAGGGCCGAAUGGAGAGAGGGGCCACACUGGGACGCAGGGCGGAGAGGAGACGGGAGGAAAGGGACAGGAACUGGGAGAGGGACUUCCGUACGUCCUUCAACCUCUAACCUGUUAUUCCACAUAAACACACUUUCUCAUUCAAGUGGAAUAACAUGGCAUUGUCUGCACCUGUAUUUAUUUUAAUAAACCGGUUGUUACUUUGGAUUACAAGUAUAUAUUUUUGUAAUCAGUCAGCAGUAAACUCUCCCUUUUGACCAGUGGUAAGUGGGUGUAUGGUACUUGAUUUCUCCGGACCUAGUGUUAACGGACUGCCUAAAGUCCAGAAUCAGAAGCUUUUUCAGUUUUAUCUUGUACAGUAGCUCAAAGACAAUAGUUUCUAUUACUAUAUAAUAUAUUAAAAUGUAUAAAAAUACAUUUGAAUGCCAAAUUGACGGGUCCAGACAUAUGGAUUAUUGUGUAAAGAGUUCAUAUCUGAUUUUCAUAAUAUGAUUUGGUGCAGUUUAGAGAGGAACCAGCUGGAGUUAUUUUGUGGUCUUAAAAAAAAAAAAAACUAAAACAAAAAAAAGAAAAUCCCAGUGUGUUGAAGUGUCCCUGAGCGAGACACCUAAUCCUUUUAUGAUGACCUGGUUGGUGCCUAGCAUGGCAGCCAAUUGCCGUGUGUGUGUGUGUGUGUGUGUGUGUGUGUGUGUGUGUGUGUGUGUGUGUGUGUGUGUGUGUGUGUGUGUGUGUGUGUGUGUGUGUGUGUGUGUGUGUGUGUGUGUGUGUGUGUGUGUGUGGCAUCAAUUGUACAGUGCUUUGGAUGAAGGCGCUAUAUAAAUUCCUACCAUUUACAUGUAA